AUGGUGGUGUCCACGUCCCCCUUCGUGCCCCAUCUUGGGCUUGCUGAGCACCCGAUGAGGAUGGGGCUGCCAGCUCUCACUCUGCUGCUGGCAGCGAGGCUCCUGCACACGGAGGCCUCCCCCCUGGCACGCUCCUUCCAGCUGGAUUAUGAGAAGAACUGCUUCCGCAAGGAUGGUGCCCCUUUCCGCUACAUCUCGGGCAGCAUCCACUACGCCCGUGUCCCGCGCCCUGCCUGGAGGGACCGGCUCCUCAAGAUGUACAUGAGUGGGCUCAGCGCUGUGCAGGUCUACGUCCCCUGGAACUACCACGAGCCGCUGCCGGGGGUUUAUGACUUUGCUGGGGACCGGGAUGUGGAAGCCUUCCUGGACCUGACAGCUGAGCUGGGGCUUCUGGUGAUCCUGCGGCCAGGGCCCUACAUCUGUGCGGAGUGGGAGAUGGGUGGCCUGCCCGCCUGGCUGCUGUGGAAGCCAGAUAUUGUCCUGCGCUCCUCCGACCCUGCCUACCUGGCAGCCGUGGACUCCUGGCUCCAUGUCCUGCUACCCAAGAUCAAGCCACGCCUGUACCAGAAUGGAGGGAACAUCAUCAGCGUGCAGGUGGAAAACGAAUAUGGGAGUUACUACGCCUGCGACUACGGGUACCUUCGGCACCUGCUGGGCUCCUUUCGGGCACUGUUGGGGAGCGAGGUGCUGCUCUUCACCACCGACGGCACACGGGCGGAGGAGCUGCGCUGUGGCACGCUCCAGGGGCUCUAUGCUACCAUCGACUUUGGGCCAGGCUCCAAUGUGACGGAGGCGUUUGGUGCCCAGCGCCGGGUUGAGCCGAAGGGGCCCCUG